AUGAGCGAUCCCAGCACCGGUAACGAGCUAGCUGAACCUAUUCCUGAUGGGAUUUGGGCAACGGCGAAACAAUCCUGGGGCGACUUGUUCAAGUGGAAGCAGCGCGUCGUCGUGACCAACGAAUAUGGUGAGACUCAUGCGGAAUGGCAGGAUCCCGAGCCGAUUGUCAACCCAAUUAGUCUGUUUAUGCAGCUGGGCGCUCGUGACUGGCUGUUCUUCCUUGUCGGACUCAUAGCAUGGACGGCGGAUGCGUUCGACUUCCAUGCUCUGUCCAUCCAGACUACAAAGUUGGCCAAAUACUACGACCGUACCAAUACCGAUAUCACGACUGCAAUUACGCUCACCUUGCUAUUGCGAAGCAUUGGAGCGGCGGGUUUUGGCUUAGCUGGUGACCAGUUUGGCCGGAAAUGGCCCAUGGUGGUAAACAUGAUUGUAUUGGGCGUGCUUCAAAUUGCCACUAUCUACAGUCACACCUUCCAGCAGUUCCUUGCCGUGCGCAGUCUGUUUGGUCUGUUCAUGGGUGGUGUGUAUGGAAAUGCCAUUGCCAUGGCCUUGGAACAUUGUCCGGUCAACGCCCGUGGUCUUAUGUCGGGAAUUUUGCAGCAAGGCUACUCGCUUGGAUAUGUGUUUGCGGCAUGUGCCAACUUGGGCGUGGGUGGUGCUACUGAUUCUUGGAAGACAGUCUUUUGGAUUGCAGCUGGUAUCUCCAUCGGAGUGGGUAUCGUCCGUAUUUUCUUCCCCGAGUCCCAACAGUUCCUCGAAGCCAAAAAGUCUGGGAGAAAGUCCGACCCCAAAGCUUUUUGGAAAGAGGUCAAGGAUAUGCUACGAAAGCAGUGGAAGAUGUGUGUUUACUGCAUCUUUCUAAUGACAUGGUUCAACUACUACUCCCACACCUCUCAAGACUCGUAUACAACCUUUAUGCUCGAGCAGAAAGAAUUGGAUAACGGACCCGCGUCUCGCGCAUCUAUCCUCAUGAAGACCGGUGCUUGCGUCGGUGGAACCAUCAUCGGCUACCUGUCGCAAUUCUUCGGUCGUCGUCGAGCGAUUAUCAUCUCAACGUUGAUCUCUGGUGUUCUCAUCCCAGCGUGGAUCCUGCCACACGGCGAGAGAGCUCUGAGUGCAACGGGAUUCUUCAUCCAGUUCUUCAUCCAGGGUGCAUGGGGUGUCAUUCCGAUUCAUUUGAACGAGCUUUCGCCGCCCGCAUUCCGCUCAACAUUCCCUGGUCUUUCAUACCAAAUCGGAAACAUGAUCUCCUCUCCCUCCGCACAAAUCGUCAACGCCAUUGCUGAGGCAACUAGCGUUAAAGCGCCGUCCGGAGCACUGGCCCCAGCCUACGGUCCUACAAUGGGCAUCGCGACCGCAAUUAUUGCGGUGGGAAUCGCGGUGACUGCUGCAUUUGGUCCUGAGCAGCGCGGUCGGCGCUUCGAGUCGGCUGUAACAGGUGUAGAUGACUCUGCGCCGCGCAAGGAAAUUGAUUUGGAAGGGGGAAUUGAGCACAAUGAGACGGAGAAGGAGACGGAGGAAAGGGUUGAGCGAGCUGAGAAGGUCUGA